CAACGUGACGGCGGGCGCCGAGCUGGUGAGCUGUGCGGGGACGGAGGCUGUGCAGAUUCGGGGUACUUCGGAGCCCGGCAUUACGGGCGAAUCCAGGAGGAAGAGGGGCCGUCCUGCCACCGUUGCAAUUUCUGUUAUCUGAGCUCAGGAGAGCCAUUUCAGACCCUUGCCAGCCUCGCCAUGCCAGUGGCCGCCACCAACUCCGAGACUGCCAUGCAGCAAGUCUUGGACAACUUGGGAUCCCUCCCCAAUGCCACAGGGGCUGCAGAACUGGACCUGAUCUUCCUUCGAGGCAUUAUGGAAAGUCCCAUAGUAAGAUCCCUGGCCAAGGCCCACGAGAGGCUGGAGGAGACGAAGCUGGAGGCUGUUCGGGACAACAACCUGGAGCUAGUGCAGGAGAUCCUGCGGGACCUGGCGCAGCUAGCGGAGCAGAGCAGCACAGCCGCUGAGCUGGCCCGCAUCCUCCAGGAGCCCCACUUCCAGUCUCUUCUGGAGACGCAUGACUCUGUGGCCUCAAAGACCUAUGAGACACCGCCCCCCAGCCCUGGCCUGGACCCCACGUUCAGCAACCAGCCGGUGCCUCCCGACGCUGUGCGCAUGGUGGGCAUCCGCAAGACGGCUGGAGAGCAUCUGGGAGUGACGUUCCGUGUCGAGGGUGGCGAACUGGUGAUCGCGCGCAUUCUGCACGGUGGCAUGGUAGCUCAGCAAGGCCUGUUGCACGUGGGCGACAUCAUCAAAGAGGUGAAUGGGCACCCGGUGGGCAGCGACCCCCGCGCGCUGCAGGAGCUCCUGCGCAAUGCCAGCGGCAGCGUCAUCCUUAAGAUCCUGCCCAGCUAUCAGGAGCCCCAUCUGCCCCGCCAGGUAUUUGUGAAAUGCCACUUUGACUAUGACCCGGUCCGAGACAGCCUCAUCCCCUGCAAGGAAGCGGGCCUGCGCUUCAACGCUGGGGACUUACUCCAGAUUGUAAACCAGGAUGAUGCCAAUUGGUGGCAGGCGUGCCACGUGGGCGGAGGCAGUGCAGGGCUCAUCCCGAGCCAGCUUCUGGAGGAGAAGCGGAAAGCCUUUGUCAAGCGGGACCUGGAGCUGACCCCCACCUCAGGGACCCUAUGCGGCAGCCUUUCAGGAAAGAAAAAGAAGCGAAUGAUGUAUCUGACCACCAAGAAUGCAGAGUUUGACCGCCAUGAGCUGCUCAUUUAUGAGGAGGUGGCCCGCAUGCCCCCAUUCCGCCGGAAAACCCUGGUGCUGAUCGGGGCUCAGGGUGUGGGUCGGCGCAGCCUGAAGAACAAGCUCAUCAUGUGGGACCCAGACCGCUAUGGCACCACGGUGCCCUACACAUCCCGGCGGCCCAAGGAUUCAGAGCGGGAAGGCCAGGGCUACAGCUUUGUGUCCCGAGCGGAGAUGGAGGCUGACAUCCGUGCUGGGCGCUACCUGGAACAUGGUGAAUACGAGGGCAACCUAUAUGGCACACGUAUCGAUUCCAUCCGGGGUGUGGUUGCUGCCGGCAAGGUGUGCGUGCUGGAUGUCAACCCCCAGGCGGUGAAGGUGCUGAGAACGGCUGAGUUUGUCCCUUAUGUGGUGUUCAUUGAGGCUCCCGACUUUGAGACCCUUCGGGCCAUGAACAGGGCUGCACUGGAGAGUGGGGUGUCUACCAAGCAGCUCACGGAGGCAGACCUGAGACGGACAGUGGAGGAGAGCAACCGCAUCCAGAGAGGCUACGGGCACUACUUUGACCUCAGCCUAGUCAACAGCAACCUGGAGAGGACCUUCCGGGAGCUCCAGGCCGCCAUGGAGAAGCUACGAACAGAGCCCCAGUGGGUGCCUGUCAGCUGGGUGUACUGAGCCUGCUCGCCUGGACCUUGUCCCCUCUGGGUUGUGAUCCAGGAACCUGAACCCAUCCCUUCCCCCACCAUGACCCUCAGCCAUGACCCUUAGCUCCAGUCCCUGGCACUCUGGCUCCCUGGGUAGCAGCUUCUAGCAGAGGCCCUGAGGCUGGCUUCGGGCACAGGCGUGCACUGUCAGGGAGGUGGGUGUUCAAGGGGUCCCUCUGUGCCCAGGUGCUGCCCCCUCCUGAUGCCCAAUGGCCACCGGCUAUUCCUCUCUGAGGGCCAAGCAGGGCCCACGAGUGUGUCAGAGCCACCUCCAAAAGGUUCAGUCCAGGGAAGAGAAGAGCUGCUUUGGGACCAUGUGAUCAGUAGGUACACUGCCCCUGCCACCUCUCUCCCGUCACAUUUUUCUCCUCCGGUCUGGCCACACCCACCCCCUUCCUGAGCCCCUCCCCCUCCCCCCUCCCCCUGGGUCCUAGGAGCAGGACUUAGGCUUUA